UUCUAAUAUCUCAAGAAAGAUUAGCCUACAAUUACGUCUAUAUCUUUAAACAUGCUUCGCCGUCGACUACCUUGUAUAGCGUGGAAUUUCGUAGUUCUACUGAACACAUGUCAAAAGACAUUCCAAUUAGAGUUUUCUUGCCAUUGGAAUCCUCAACGAUGAGGACUUCAUCGAUU